AGCCACCGCGCCCGGCUUCUUGCUGCAUCUUAAAACACAAUGGAGAAGGGACAACUGCGCUCCCAUUUUAUAGACAGAACCAUUGGAAAUGGAAAGGCAAAGCCGUUCCAGUCGUCCUCGGGAAACAGGGAUUCACUGCGGCACUGCCCAGCUGUCCCAGGAACUAAGGCACAUCGUUCCCGCCAGUUUCUAGAUAGCUAGAGACCCAGACAUUGAUUUUUCUAGCUUGGCCAGGCGAACACCCAGGGGAGAGGCGGAGCGGUUAGGGGCAGGAGGAAAAAGGAGGGUCGAAUCCCAUCUCCCAAGUGCCCCAAGGUAUUCGACACCUUGGCUCCCCCAGGGAGCUCAGGCCUUUAAGUCCUUUAUCCAAAGGUCCCUUUAAAUACUUUGUCCCUCACCUGAGUCCCGCCCAGGGCAGGUAAUAACAAGCUCCGCCCCUCUGCCAGAAACCGGGAUCGGGCCUGGUUACCCGGAGUGGGGAGCCCCUCCUCCCCCCUCCCCUCUUCCCUGUCCCCCUUCACAGGUGGCUGUAGGUGGCCAAGGAGGUCCGGAUUAAAGAGGAAGGGGCAGUGCUCACAGGUCUGGGCAGGUGUCCACAAAAUAUGAGGGGCCACCCCUCUCUGCUGCUGCUAUACAUGGGAUUUACCACCUGCCUCAAUACUUCACCCAGUGGGGAGAAAGACCAAGUCUUCCUGGGUCCCCCAGAGGCCCAGAGCUUCCUGAGUCGCCAUACCCGGAUUCGAAGAGCCAAUCACUGGGACCUGGAGCUGUUCACACCAGGGAACCUGGAACGGGAGUGUCUGGAAGAGAAGUGUUCCUGGGAAGAGGCCAGGGAGUAUUUUGAGGACGACACUCGCACGGAGCACUUUUGGGAGAGCUACAUCUACAAUGGGAAAGGAGGGCGUGGACGAGUGGAUGUGGCAGGCCUGGCUGUGGGGCUGACAUGUGGCAUCCUGGUCAUUGUCCUUGCUGGCCUGGGAGCCUUUUGGUAUCUGCAUUGGCGACGACGCCGAGGCCACCAGCCCUGUCCCCAAGAGGCCGGGCUCAUCAGCCCUCUGAGUCCUUUGAGCCCUCUGGGCCCACCAACGCCGGUGCCUCCACCCCCACCCCCAGGCCUCCCCACCUAUGAGCAGGCGCUGGCAGCCUCUGGGGUACACGACGCACCUCCACCCCCCUACAGCAGCCUCAGGAGGCCUCACUGAAGAGCUGCUUUCAGACCCGGCUCUCCGAACCGCGACCCUGAUUCACACCGGAUUCCGGAAGCCGCUAGGCCUCGUAGACGCCGAAACUGGACUUGGAGGGAGGGAUAGUGGGAAUAGGGGUCUUCCGGCCCGAGGCCUGCCCUGGCACACGCGUUGCCGCCGCGUAUGGAUAUACAUAUGUUCUCGGCAACAUGUUCCUGUGUCCUGGUCCCUCACGGGCCCCCACACUCUCCUGACCGUGAGGGCACCGGUCAAACCCUGCCCCCGUGGUAGACAGACGCACGGGGAAACUCGUACCCAGGAGCGAAGUCCCGGCUGUGCCGUCUUAUGUGUGAGCAGAUGACCUGUCCAUCCCCUCCAGUGCCACAGGGUACGCACACGCAGAUCCCUGCCUGGGCACACGCGUGUCUUCGUGCACUCCCCGUGUGGUACAGGGGCGCUUCGUAACCCAGGGAAAGAGUGGGGGGCACAUUCGCAAGUGUACUCGGUGCGGGCAGGCUCGCACUACACCUAAGGAGCUGGAGUUGAGCUGUUCCCCUAAAUAAAAACCCUUCGGAAAGGAGACCAAAUAAAGCAGAAACAAUGCAAAAAAAAAAAAUCUAAUGACAUGAAUCGCGAUC